AUAUCUUCUGUAGCUACAUCAUUAUGCAGAAUUGUGAAUGAGCACUUGUGCAAGCCGAGAGCUGUCAAAUUAUGAACACCCACGAGUCGCGUGUUCCCGUGAGCCUCCCAAUUGCACGGCUUUCUCUCUCACCCUCUCUUUUAUCUAGUCUCGUCAACGAACCGUCCUGUGGACGAUCUGCUAUAAGAAAAAACCACCUUCGAUCCACUUCAUGCUUUCGGUCUCCCUUGUCACAAUCCGAGGCGUGGAAUGAUCGGUAAAUCCUCUAACCUGGGAGCCUUUGCAUUGCCCUUGGCUGCACUGACAUGCAUUGACGGGAAUGUAAUUCCCACGAUGUCAAACUCAUUGAAAUCGACUGACACGAGAUGCUGAAGAUGCAUUCUUCUGGAUGAGCUGUGCGACGACAAUGGCUCGUGCUGCGAGCUGUCUUAAUGACAUGAACCAGUACCCCAAUAUCGAUUGCAAACGAGGCGACAUCGUGAAUGCCGAUGCUUUUAUUACAACUCUUGCUGGCGUAUGCGAAACCGAAGAUGGCCUAUGGCACCUCAAGGCCGCCAGGGAGGGCUAUGCAAAAGUCUUCCUUGACUACAGCGAAGUCCUGGAAGACGAGUUGACGACUAAUAUUGUGGUCGACCUGCCUCGUUGCGCAGAACUUCAUUCUUCUACUGAUCUACGGCCCGUUGUCUUCGCGUUCCUAGGCCAAUUCAAAGAUCUGAAUAAGCGAUGGAGUAAUUUCUACAAAGAUAUGAUUGUGGAGGCAAUUAACCUUUUUACCAGCUAUCAGGAACAGCGGCUGUCACAGAUACCCAGAGCUCCGGCAAGCCUAAUCGAUGGUUCCAUGCUCAUCACGUUGGCGCUACGAUGUGUAGUCACUUCCCACAGAUUUGCCAACAUACACUACUGUUGGCUGCCAAGCUCAGAUGUACCCAAUUACAUCGACUUUCACGCAUGCAUUGCGGAGACGAAAAAGAGUACACAUGGCGGGGGAUACAGUCCUAGAAUCGAAGUAUAGAAGCUACCACAAGACACUGAAGUCCCUCAUAGUACUAGAGAGCCCUAUCACUCUGUACUCAUCAAUACCGCUCGCUUAGCUCAUA